AUGGCAAUAUGUAGAUCCAGAGCCUUCAUCCUGGUCCUCCUAUUCCUCAGCUCCUUCUCAUCCCUUUAUUUCAACCUCCUGGCCAAGAAGCUCUUUCUGCAUGAAUUUAAUCCAGAUGUUCCUCAGAGGAACAUCAGCAUCUUGCUUUGGCACUGGCCGUUUGGACGCCCCUACAGACUUGAUGGAGAUAUAUGCCAUAAGAUGUACAACAUCAGCCACUGUUUCCUCACUGACAAUACUUCUGCCUUCCCCACAGCUGAUGUGGUGGUCUUCCACCAUCAAGAGCUGAGCAAAGGUCGGUCCUCACUGCCUUUUGACCUGGAUCGCCCAGCCUCUCAGCAUUGGGUGUGGCUGUCCUUGGAGCCUCCUGUCAACAACGAAAGACUCAAACAUUUCAAUGGCCUCUUCAACUGGACUAUGACCUACAGACGAGAUGCAGACAUACACAUCCCUUAUGGAAGGACAAUGCAGGGAGGUGAUGAUCUCAGUUACCCGUCUGCUCCAAAUCGUUCCUGCCUGGUCAGCUGGGUGGUCAGCAAAUACCAACCUCAACAGUCACGGUCUAGUGUUUACCAAAGGCUAAAUAAUCACAUCCCCAUAGAGGUGUAUGGUAUGUGGAAUAAGAGGCCCCUGUCUAGGAAAAAGCUGUUGCCCACCAUUGCAAAAUGUUUUUUUUAUCUGGCAUUUGAGAACUCUGAGGUGACGGACUAUAUCAGCGAGAAGCUGUGGAGGAAUGCCUUCCAAGCAGGAGUUGUACCUGUGGUUCUUGGUCCCAGCAAGGCUACCUAUGAGACCCUCGCUCCUCCUCGUUCCUUUAUCCAUGUGACUGAUUUUGACACCACAGCUGAUCUGUCUGCCUAUCUGAAGCAUCUGGCUGCAGACAAGCAGGCCUAUGAAGCAUACUUCCAGUGGCAUCGCACUCACAGGAUCAAAACCUACACGGAUUGGAGAGAAAGGCUGUGCCAAAUCUGUGUCAGAUACCCCCAUUUACCUGCCAACAAAGUCUAUCAGGACCUGGAGAGCUGGGUUUACAGUUAAGAUUUUCUGUCAUUGAGGUGUUUUGAUGGAUCUGCUGUUAUAACUUAGAUACCACAUGCAAAUGUAGCAAUUUGAUGAUGUAUUGUACAGAUCUCAUGCAGUUUCAGUAAACUGAAGAACUGCACACCACAGAAACAAAUCUCUAGUGGUUGGUUGACUUCGCUGUGCAAUGUACCAAAAAGCGGAAGUGGGUACUUGUGUAACUAUAAAUAAGCAUGCCUCCUAGUUCUCACCAGAGACAAAACUUUCUUUUUACAAGGCAAUGGAAGUUAUAUUACUGAAAUUAUAUUUUUAUUAAAUGUAUUUCUUUAUA